AUGAGUAAGAUCACGUAUAAACACUCCUCAUUCCCAAAACAUGCUACAUACAUCACAGUCAUGGCAUGUAAAUUCUCAGUGAUGUACACGUUCUUAAUGCGACUUAGUCCUCUGUUUAGGUACGGUGUGCUAAUUAAUGAGUUUGAUCCCUGGUUUAAUUUCAGGUGCUCAGAAUACAUCAGGAACAAUGGAAUAUUAAAGUACUUUCAGUGGAUAAACAGUAAAACAUGGAUUCCUGAGGGAAGAAACAUAUACAGAACGGCAUACCCAGCUAUGUUUAUUCUAUCUAACUGCAUUCACUCACUGCUUGGUAUUUUUGUUAGAGUCUCUCAUUAUACUGUAUGCUCUAUUACACCGCCCAUUCUGUUCCUAGGGUGUCUGAUUCUCAUGUAUAAAGUAUCAAAUGAAUUUUUCUCAAAACCAGAGAAAACACUUCGUGUAUGGAUUGCAAUGGCGGUAUUCAGUAUGGCAGGAGGUGUUUUUGAAAAAACAAUAGCAGGCGCAUAUGACUAUGAAGGACUGUCUCUGUUUAUGGUUCUUCUAAUACUGUACAUUUACAUACGCUGUAUAAAGAAUGAAAAUGCAUCUGUAAAUAGUAAAGUGAUACUUGGCCUGAUUAUUGGAGUAGUACAGGGUAUAUUUAACCUGUCCUGGGGAGGAAGUCUCUUCACUGAGAUCUUACUUUAUGUGCAUACUUUUUUCUCCCAUAGUAACUGGAGAGUUCUUCUGUGUACUACUGUAGUAACCGCAAGUAUAGACUGUAUUACACCUUUUCUCUGGGUAGUAAAGCCAGUGAACAUAGGGAAAGUACUUACAUUCCUUCUUUUAGAAAUAGGACACCAGUUAAUGCAGCAGACCCAUUCUACAAGAAUAAAAUGCCUUGGAGUAUUUGGGGCACUAAUUGGGCUGUGUAUAGGAAUAAUUGGUGUGUACUUAAGUAAAGGAGACAAACUUGCUCUUUUAUUAAAUGCAGUAAAAAAGAAGGAUAAAGUAUAUAAUGUCCUAUAUAAAAAAAGAGCACAUCCCCUUGUAUCCUCAAUAGUAGAACAUCAGCCAGCAACAAAAGACCAGGCAGUUGCACUAUGUGGGCCAUAUAUGAUAGUGUCUCCUAUGCUGAUGAUAUGGGGCACUGAAAGACUAAAGUAUGAAAAAAAGAAAAGUCUUCUUCUUCUUGUUCAGGCUGGGUUUAUGCUGUCUUCAUUAAUGUUCUUAUUUAUGGAGAGGUUUGCAUUCCUGACCAUUCCAUUCUUAGCCAUAUACGUGGGAGACGCAUUCUGUGAAAUGAUGUUUGCACAUUCAUUCUACAAGCCAUUCCAGAACCCAAAGCCAUACCUCGUGCAUAAACCAUUAAAAAUUGCAAUGGGCAUACUCAUGCUUGGUCAUACUUUCUCAUGUUAUAAUACAAUACACAGCAAGCAGAAACAAGUUAUGGUUGUGAUGGAUGGAGUAGUUGAUGGAAAACCAACAGUUGUAGAUGAUUUCCGAGAGAGUGCAAUCUACAUGAAGUAUAACCUACCGAAAGACUCUGUUAUUUUAAGCUGGUGGGACUAUGGAUACCAAAUAACCGGCAUGACCAAUCUAUCCACAGUAAUUGAUAAUAACACAAAUAAUUACCAAAAAAUAUCUGAAGUAGCUAGUCUUCUUGUAUCCCCAGAAGAAGAAGUCGGCAGAAGCCAUCCAUUCCUUAAAAGAAUAGUGCCAGAUAUGUCAACUAACCUGUACAUAUACACAGUCUGUGGGUAUAUCUCAAAGUAUAACUUGUCAGAUUUGAAUAAGAUUUGGUGGAUAUCUAAAAUAGCAAAUGAAGCCAAUAACCAAAUCAAUGCAGAUGACUACUACUUCAAAGUAGGAAGUACAAUUUAUCACUCACUCCCAGAUAUACCAGAUAUUAACAUAAAAUCGGAACAAGCAGGAAAUACUCCUCUUUACAUCUCACCCACUUUAAAAAACUCUCUUUUGUUUAAAUUAUGCUUUUAUAAAUACUCAGAUACAAUUACACUUCAUAACCUUGAAUUAGUCCAUGAGUCAUCUAAUAGUAUAGUUAGACUGUAUAAAAUAAUUAAAUAAUUUUUGGUUAUUUAAAUAGUAUAAUAAUAGCAUAUGUACAUUCACCAGGCGACAACUAUGAAGUAUCUGCCUAUUACAUCACUAGAUUGUUACUAUGGCAAUGACAAUGAAUUAUAUUCUUGGGGUUUGAAUUAUUUUAAUAUGCUCGACCCGAAUAUGAACAUAAAAUUAAUUUAUCCCUAAAUAUCGAAUAUGAUAAUAAGC